UGAUAGCAUUCUCUUGGUCUAGACCUGUUCAUUGAAAGAUCAUCAAUGGAGGUAAAGACCUGCUGGACUGGUUGCAUCAUUGAAAGCUUUUUUUUUUAUAAUCAUGGAGGGGUGAAUUGUUGAGCAAGGGGAUGAUGAGGUGCUGACCUGAGGUGACCUUGGAACUUGACUCCAUACAGUUUGAUGUAGACACUCCUAGAUGACUCUAAAACCAUGAUGAGAAGGUUUUUGAAGAGCCAGAAGGGCCGUUUCUCCCUUCGCCAAAGCCGUUUGGGAUCCCGAAGUGCCUCCAAAGACUUCUACCCAAACACCAACAUAUUGAGAGAAAUUCCACUGAAUAUUGGAGAGUUGGCCCUGCCUGCAAAUAACCAGGGCUGGCCAGAAGACUUCGGCUUUAAGCUGGGUGGAGAUGGACCCAGUUACAUCCUCUCUGUGGUGGAGGGCAGCAGUGCGUUCAUGGCCGGGCUGCAGCCAGGUGAUCAGGUUCUGGAGAUCGAUGGGCAGAACGUCUCCUCUUUUAGCACUAAAGCUCUUAUUGCUUUGGCUCAGACCCUCAAGACGGUGCCGCCCAGCAUCGGAGUCGUGUCAAGAAUUGAACAGAUAGACAUUGCCCCGGGACCUGAUGGCCGUUUUGGCUUCACCAUAGUGGGAGAUGGCCCCUUGUUGGUGGAGGACUGUAUGCCCGACUCUCCAGCAGGACAGAGCGGACUGCGAGCAGGUGACUAUGUGAUGGAGGUGAAUGGGAUUCCAGUGAAACAGCAUGAGACGGCAGCCGCCAUGAUCAAGGCCUCUCAGGGACGUACAUUGCGUCUGGGCGUGCUCCGCAUAAACCGCUGGCAGAAACGCACCAGCAGCAGUAUGAAAGAGACUUAUAAGAGUGGAGACAUCGUCAGACAGGAUCGUAAACACAAAGCUCUGGAGUUCAACAAGAAGGUAGAGGAGAUUUUAGGGGAGGAGCCUGAAGUGAAAGAGAGACUUUUUGAUUUGCUGAAGCAGUAUGCAAGUGAGAGGGAUGUUGAGGGGCUGGCAUCCACACUUCCAGAAAUACUGCUCACUGAGGACCAUCAGCAGCUGAUUGACAGCAUCAGGAUCUUCAUCCCUAAGAAGCACAGGCGGCGUUUUGAUGAGAUGGUCUCUCAGAGUCUGAUCAGUCGGUUAAGGGGUCGAAGUUUCAGUGAGCACAGGAACAAUCGGCUUCGUCGCAGCCGGAGUGAAGACCACCCUGAACGUCUGCUGUCUGUGUCCACUCGAGCCAGCUCCGUGCCUCGGACUGCCAAUGAGGAAGUGGUGAUGCCCCCUGCCCGUGGCCACCGCAAAACCACCUCGCUCACUGCAGGACAUUCCAGCUCUUUCUCAACUCGCAGGACAGUACGUGUGUACAAAGGGAACCAGAGUUUCGGGUUCACUCUUCGUGGUCAUGCUCCAGUCUGGAUUGACUCUGUUAUACCAGGCAGCCCUGCUGAGAAGGCGGGUCUCAAACCUGGAGAUCGCAUCCUGUUUCUCAACGGGUUGGAUAUGAGGAGCUGUUCACAUGAAAAGGUGGUGUCCAUGCUACAGGGCAGUGGAGCAAUGCCCAGCCUAGUGGUUGAGGAUGAACCACCGGCCUUCACUAUGAACGAACCCGAGCAGGUAGAGGUGUCUCCUCGAUCCUGUGCUCCUGUGCUCAGCUCUCUGCAGUGGGUUGCUGAGAUCUUGCCACCCAGUAUCCGAGUACAUGGCCGCACUUUCAGCCAGCAGCUUGAGCACCUCCUUACCCUCCAGGAGAGAUACACCAUCUGCAAAGCUCUGGAGGUGUUCUUCCAGCACAGAAAUGUAGACACUUUGAUUGUGGAUGUGUUUCCUGUGUUGGAUACCCCGGCAAAGCAGGUGAUCUGGCAGUUUGUUUACCAACUGCUCACCUAUGAGGAGCAGGACCACUGCCAGAACAAGAUCUCAUGCUUCCUUGGCUAUAAAGUCACAUUGCCAGCAUCAGAACCUGAACAUUCAGCCCAUGAGCCUCACCGGCGCAGCAGCUCUAUGAAGGUCACAGGAACCACCUACAGGAGCAGUGUGAGGGGACGCAGCUCAGAUGAUCUAGUUAUCGGCACUCACCUGGGAAUGGGGAUUUGCACUGAGCCGGUGGAAGUGGUCCCUAUGAGACUGACUCCUGGUAAUAGGCAAUCAGGGGAUGGAACUUCUUUACCAGAGACACUCAACAAUCAUCUGUCAGCAGUAUAUUCUGAGCUGGAGAAUGUCUAUGCUGGGAAAAGAUCCAAAUCCCUGAAGAGUCGACCCCUUCCGGCGCCUGACACUCUGGCUAACGUGGAUGUCUUUCCGCACUCUUCAUCACAGUCCAUAAGGGCUCACUCAUCCUCUCCAUCUGUUCGAGCCACUUCAGGUAGCCGCAAAUGUACAUCAGCACAGUCUGCACCUCCUCAUCCACAUCCACCACCUCCUCCCCAGCAUGAAUCUUGGACAGAGGAGUUGCCCCUCAGUCCCCAGUGCCCCUGUUACCCUCCACUUCUUCCCUCCCAAACAAGUGCUGAGUCCAACCCUUACAUCAGUUUGGACAGCCCACCUCUCUCUCCACCCUCUCCUCCCGAUUAUCCCCCUAGUCCACCCAUUCGCAAGAAGCGCUACACCUUCUCACGGCCACCCCAUACCCCGGACACAGAUUUGUUCAUGGAGGCCCUGAGUGAGCAGCUGGGACAGCAGUUAUCUGUGGAUGACUUUCUAUCACCUGAGAAUGACUAUGAAGAGGAUGUUGUCCAGAUGACCUUCCAAAAUGAGGAAGAGGAGGUAGAGGAGGAUGUGGAAGAGGAGGAGGAGGAAGAGGGUCUGUACAUGCAUCCAGAGCUAAGCAGUCCGAGCGAAGUGCAUAGCAGCAGCGAGGAUGCCAGCUCUCUCACCUACUCCUCCAGCUCCGAGCACAUUCCUCCACCACCUCUGACUCCUCCUCCCCCUCCCCCCAUCCAAUUCAAUGACACCCCUCCACCUGCUGGCUUCACCCCUGACCACACACCCCGUCAACUCACCUUCCGUCGCCACCCUGGACCUCCACCACCACCUCCGCCAAGGGCUAACCUGCCACCCAAAUGGCAGUCCAUUCACAAGGUGUUGCCCACACGUGACACGAUGAUCACCCAGCACCAAGUCCUUCAGGAACAUCACUCACUUCCAGUACAACCCACAGGCGGCCACUCCCAGCAACCCCAGCAGCAGAUGCACCAGUCUUUGCCCCCUUUACCCUCUCCAGAUACAUCCAUCCCUGGCCACGGAGUGUAUGAAAUGCACCAUCAGGUUCUUCCGACUCACCAGCUUCAUCAACACCACCAGAGUCAACAGAGUCAUCAGAUGCAUCAAGGUCAUCAAAAUAAACCAAGUCACCAAUCUCAGUCGAGUCAUCAAAUGCACCAAAGUCAUCGCACACACCAGACUAUUCCUACUCAACUCUCUAGCUCCAUGGAUAGACUUGAUAGGAUUGAACGAAAGGAAUGCUCCGACAGACAUACCUAUGAGAUGCAUCCUCAACCCUUGCAUCCAGAUCAAGAGGUUCACCAUGCAUAUCAGAUUCAUCAGAGUCAUCAGGCUUACCUAUCGAGUUCUAUGGACAGGCUUGACAGAUUGGAACAGAUGCAGCGUUUGGAGCAUAUGGAGCGGAUUGAGAGACUGGAGAGAGCGGACCAACAAAUGCAUCAGACACACAUGGCUCAAGCCAUUUCUCAAACUAUUCAUCCAUCUCAGCAGCCUCAUCAGACUCAACAACAGUACCACCACCAGAUGCAUCAGACUCAUCAAGUCUACUCAUCAACCCAGCCUCCAAAACCAACCUGCCACAUUCACCAGAUUGAACACAUACACCAGGUUCAGCCCAUUCAGACAGCUCCUCAGUACCACCAGAUCCAUCAACCCCACCAACCUCUCCAGACCCAACAGAUUCUGUCCACCUUCCAGCCCCAUCCUUCACAACAGCAACAACAGCAGCUUCAGCAGCAGCAGCAGAUGCAGCAGCAAAAGCAGAUGAAGCAGCAGCAACAGAUUCAACAGCAGCAGCAGCAGGAGCAGAUUCAGCAGCAACAACAGCAGAUUCAACAGCAAAUUCAGCAACAGAAAAUUCAGCAGCAGCAGCAACAACAAAUUCAGCAGCAGCAACAUCGCUCCUCUCCCUCCAUUGCGCAGGCCAGACAGAGCCCUCAACCCAUGUACCACGAACAUCGCCAUCAUCACCACCAUCAUGGCCAUCACGAAGCCCAGUCCCAAGCGCAACAACCAAGUGCAACCCAAACUCAAAGCCACCACCUCACCGAAGAGUCCACUGUGGAGCCACCUCCUCCUCCACCUUUACCCCCACCUUGUGUGCUUCCUCCUCUCCCAAAGGCCUCGCCACAAAAAUUGGAUUCCAGUCAUAUGAGUGUGAAGAGGUUACGCUGGGAACAGGUGGAAAAUUCAGAGGGAACCAUUUGGGGACAGUUGGAAGAAGACUCUGAUUAUGAUAAGUUGAGUGACAUGGUGAAAUAUCUCGACUUGGAGCUUCAUUUUGGGACACAAAAGAACCCUGUUCCUUUUCCAGAGCCCUCACCUCAGACAGAGACUUCCAAAAAGAAAGACGUUGUAGAGAUUCUCUCCCAUAAGAAGGCCUACAAUGCUUCAAUCCUGAUUGCCCAUCUGAAGCUGUCACCAGGCGAGCUGCGGCAGGUACUGAUGACGAUGUCGAGCGAGCAUUUGGAGCCUCCACACAUUAAACAGUUGCUGCUGUAUGCACCAGAUGAUGAUGAGGUCAGACAAUAUGAGCAGUACAGAGAUGAUCCGAGGAAACUCAGUGAGCUUGACCAGUUUGUCCUUCAGAUGCUUUCGGUGCCAGAGUAUAAAACCCGUUUGAAAAGUCUCCAUUUUAAGACUACAUUGCAAGAGAAAACCGAAGAGAUGAGAGGAGCCUACGACUGCAUUUUCAAGGCUUCACUGGAGCUCAAGAACAGCAGAAAACUGGCCAAGAUUCUGGAGUUUGUACUUGCCAUGGGGAAUUACCUGAACAAUGGCCAACCAAAGACCAAUAAAACAACUGGCUUUAAGAUAAAUUUUCUUACUGAACUCAGCACCACCAAAACAGUAGAUGGAAAGUCAACAUUUCUUCACAUCCUGGUAAAAUCAUUGUGCCAGCACUUUCCUGAGGUUAUGGACUUUGGCAAGGAGCUUAUGACAGUGCGACAAGCUGCCAAAGUGAAUAAGAAAAACAUAAUCUCUGACUUUAAUGACCUACAUGCCACAAUCCAGGACAUUCGUUUAGCCUGCCAGAAGAUGCCAGCCACUGCUGAGGACCGUUUUGCUGUUGUUAUGAGUGGUUUUCUGGAAAACAGUCACCCUGCGAUGCAGUCUCUAGAGUCUCUACAGCAGAGAGCGAUGGAAGAGUUCUGUAAAGUUGCAUCCUUCUUCGGUGAGGAUGGAAAUGCCAUCACCACAGAGAGCUUCUUCGGGAUCUUUGCUGAGUUCAUUGCUAAAUUUGAGAGAGCUCUAAAUGACAUCCAGACCACAGAAAACCCUCCACGCAGUCCCAGGAGUCACCACACGGCCUCUCCUUUAGCCUGGUGAAGAAAUCACCCCACAUCUGUCCAACGUUCUCACACCAAAACACACACACACACACACACACACACAUGUUGGGUUUUCAUGUUUUAUGAGGACUCUCCAUAGACAUAAUGGUCUGUACUGUAUUGUACUGUACAAACUUUAUAUUCUAUCCCUUAACCCUAACCCUACCCCUAAACCUAACCCUCACAGGAAACUUUCUGCAUUUUUACAUUUUCAAAAAACAUCAUUUAGUAUGAUUUAUAAGCUAAGCUGUUUUCCUCAUAGGGACCGACUGACUGUCCCCACAAAGUCAAAGAUUUCAGGUUUUACUAUCCUUGUAGGGACAUUUGGUCCCCACGACAUAGGGAAUACCUAGACACACACACAAACACACAGACAUUAUUAAAAAGUUCACAACAUGCACAAAUGCUCACUUACAUACACUCCAAUAUAUGCUUAUCCACAAUGAUUUAGUGAUGAUGUGGUAAUUCCUGGAAACAGUAGCGAUCCAAUGCAAACUGGACUGCUUCUAUAGUAGGUGCAGGGAAACAGCACAAAUGGUUUUAAAGCCAAAAAGAACACAAGUUUCCUCUUGUUCAGGUUCAGUUAAAUGGUCUGAGAAAUUACUGUACUUACAGGAUGAACUGCAGAUGAUUGUUCUUGACACUGCGAAAAACCAGGAACAUUUUUUGCCUCUCGCAAAUGGACAGGUCAAAAGUUGGGGCAAAAAUUGCCACCAAAGUUUUUUCAGUGGAUUUUGUAAACAUAAUAAGUGCAUUUAGUAUUACAUGUAAUUAGGUCUAUAAGUAUCAGAUUUCAAUAAAAUUGGCAUAGGGUGAAUUUAGGUCAACUUGGCCACUUUUUUAGACAGUUGUUUCCAUAUCAAAAGUGACCCAAUUUAACUGAAAUCACAAUAUUAAUAAAUUUGUUGUUAAGAGGAAAAGUUCUUUGUUUAAAAAUGCAUCUUUAAUGUCUUUAAACAGACUGUGGGUUUAGAUUUAUUAAUUGGCAUUUGCUAAAAAGAUGCAUUACUGAGCAACUAAUUAUUUGAAUAAAAGUGGUAACUAACUGAUAAAAUGUCAUUCCUCAUCUGCAGAAUGUUUAAGUGCAAUAUAUUACAAAAUUAAGAAUUCUAAUAAAUAACUGAAAUAGAUAGAUAUAUUGUAGUACCAGAGAUGCAGUCAGAUCUUAUAUUGCUUUGCUAGUUGUGGGCAAACAUAGCCUAAUUAAUGUGAACAUAAAAUAGAUGAAUUUACUACACAUUUUUGCUAUUUCUAAUUAUUAGUACCUUUUAUGCUUCUAACCUGCUUCUAUUUAUUUUUUACCAUAGUGAAUCAUAGUAUAUUCUUGUACCAUCGAGUUUAUUGUACAAGUGUGUUUAAAAGAUUAUUUGGGACUUUCCAUAUGAUUGUGUAUUAAACCAUCUGAAUUUAAAAAUUCUGAAAACAUCAUCUUCAGUGUUGAAGUGCUGAUUGGUUUCCCAUAUGUAACAAAUCUUGAUAUGGUAAUAUUUAUUAUGUGAAUCAAUGUAUUUAAUUUUUUAAUCAGUAAUGAUUCGAAUUUUCACAUCAUUGAUUUUGUAUUUUGAGGAUUUUACAAUCGAAUUUAAGGACAAUGGGGCUUAUAAUAUACAACCCCAAUUCUGAAAAAGUUGGGACAGUAUGAAAAAUACUAAUAAAAACAAAAAA